AUGCUGUCCUCUGAAAGCCAGUUGGCUAGAAAGCUGGACUUCAAAGACUUGAUCAGUGACUUUGCCUGUAAGAAGGCUAGGCGCUGGGCUCUUGUUUUUCUGCAGGAAGUGGACAUCUACACCGUGAAGCCCGAGGACCUGUCCUUCACCUCAGCCUUCCGUCUGCAGAUCCACCGCAACGAUUACGUCCACGCCCUGGUCACCUAUUUCAACAUCGAGUUCACCAAGUGUCACAAGAAGACCGGCUUCUCCACAGCUCCAGAUGCUGCCACCACACACUGGAAGCAGACAGUGUUCUACCUAGAGGACUACUUGACUGUCAAGAAGGGAGAGGAGAUUUUUGGCAGUAUCGCUGUCAGGCCCAAUGAGAAGAAUGUGCGUGACCUGGAGUUCACCCUGGAGCUGGACUUCAAAGGGCAGCUCUGCGAGGCGGCCAUUUCCCACGACUAUAAAAUGCGUUGACCAACCGACUACCCUCAGCACCCCCCCCUCCUCAAAGACUCGGAGAGGGGGGGACGGCACACGCUCUCCAACAACGAUUCCAGUUGGUCAGCCAGGGCGUACACAAGCAUCCGAUUGGAUGCCGUAUUGCCAGCGCCCAAGUGAUGUCAUCAGAGCAGUUUCCAUCAGCAAUAGUGCCGUCAGCUGUACCAACGCGAUAAGCUCGGGCACACUGAAUGUAACAUCCUAACUGAACUUGAUCCUUUUUUUGGGUAUUAUUUUAGCUAUAAGAUAAAAAAAUGUUUUGAGUCUUUCUAUAGUUAGUGCAGCUUAUCGACAAGUUUUGAGGGCAACUGAUUUAUUAUGCCGUGUGUAGUUGUAUAGAAGCAGCAAAUACUUGUGUUUUAUUCUGUUAUUGUUGAUUUGCAAGUGAAAGAUGUUUGCUUCAUUCAUUUUGGAAAAGGUGCCGAAUGUAAUUUUCUUUAUUUCUUUAAUUAAGGAUAGUUCAGAGCAAAAUGUACUUUGGUCAGAAUAAAACAGAACAACACAGAAUGCUCAAAAACAAAGAUGCAAUAUGACAUGUUCCACUUUGUUUAGAUCGGACGAACGAACAAAAAAAACACGACGACGAUGAAUAAAGUGUGAAAGAAU